AUGUUCUCUCUGCUACUGCAGGGCAAGCGGUCCCAGAGUGCCAAGUCUACCCUGAAGCCUGCUGCUACUCACUGUAAUUUGCGUGUCCAGAAGACAGCGCAGUCUGGAGCGCGUGUUCUCUUUGGAGACAACCUUCGUCUGGACUGGGAUGGGCGGGGCCGUGUGCUGCUGAAGUUGGGGCCUGAAUGGGCUGGGCACACCUGCGGUCUCUGUGGCAACUACAACGGUAACCAAGGUGAUGACUUCAUGUCUGCUGCCGGGCUAGUGGAGUCGGGGCCACAGGCAUUUGGCCAAUCAUGGAGGAUCAACGGAGACUGUGACUCCACCCAUCGACAGGAUACUGACCCCUGCUCCCUCAACCCCAAGAGAGGAGUCUCGUUGCAGAUGAGCCUGGCCUGA